AUGGAGUCUAAGUCGACCAUCGGGGUCGAGUUUGCAACGAGAACCAUCGAGGUGGAGGGCAAGAAGAUAAAGGCGCAGAUAUGGGACACGGCAGGCCAGGAAAGAUACCGUGCAAUCACCUCGGCGUACUACAGAGGCGCGGUUGGAGCGCUGAUCGUGUACGAUAUAAGUAAGCCCAGCAGCUACGAGAACUGUAACCAUUGGCUGACGGAGCUGAGGGAGAACGCGGACGACAACGUAGCGGUGGGGCUGAUCGGUAACAAGUCCGAUCUGGAUCACCUGCGUGCGGUACCCACCGAUGAGGCCAGGAAUUUUGCGCAGGAAAACCAGCUGCUUUUCACGGAGACGAGCGCUCUCAAGAGCGAGAACGUCGAGCUGGCUUUCAGAGAGUUGAUCACCGCGAUAUACCAGAUGGUAAGCAAGCACCAGGUCGACCUGGGUGAGUCCAACAACAACGGCGCAGCCAAUGCUCCGAGGGGCCCCACCAUCAGCCUCACUCCGGCUCCUAAUGAGCACAAAAAGAAGAGUUCAAGCAACUGUUGCUAA